AUGCCUCGACAAGCAGAGGAAGUUCUUGAAUACGACGACUUCCUCGGUUGGACUGUUUCCUCGUUAAAGGAUUUUCUUUCGCUACGGGGACUCAAGCAAACGGGCAGAAAGUCUGAGCUGAUCGCUAGAGCGUUUGGAGCCUACGAACUCAAUGUGCCCGUGAAGUUUUCCCAGGAGCAAAUUUAUCAGCAGAUAAAAGACGAAUAUUCAAGGAGGCUGACUAAAAAUGAAAUUAGGAGUGAUCCAAACAUGUUACCGAGUGACGCUUGGAUUGACGACGUAAAGGAAUGGCCAGAGGUCGAUGAUGGCAAAUUGUUCAGUUAUGUUUUGAGGACUAAAGCCGUAGAUGUCGACUAUAUUGGAAAAUACAAGGAUCAGAAGGCCUAUUCUUAUUGGAUGAGUGGCUUUGUAGACACAGUGUUCUUUGCUAAAUGCCCAAUUAACAGCAAGCAUGUGUUCUUGAAAGGCUCUGUAUCCCCUUCUCAAAAAAUUCGUGAUGACCCGCAUAAGGUCUGGGUUUGUUUAGAGGGCACAAAAAGUGAAUGCAAAAUCUUAACCUCUUGGUGUACAUGUACAGCAGGUACUGGUGAAGUUUGCAAUCAUGUUAUAGCUUUGCUAUAUAAAGUAAAUUUUGCACACAAGAAAGCUUACAUAUCUCCUGCAUGUACAAGCGUUCCACAAGGAUGGAACAAAGGAACUAGAAAGGAUGUAGCUCCAACUCAAAUAAAAAACCUUGUCUUUCGUAAAGACAAAAAGACUCGGGAGGACAGUCCCAAAGAACAGGCAGCCAAUUUAACUUUAAAGAACAACUUUGACCCACGAAAGCCCCAGGAUAGGCAGCUGACCAAUGAAAGGGUGUCAGCUCUUAUCAAUGGAGUAAUUGAGAAUGUCCCAUCUGCUUGUUUACUUCACUCUAUCGAGCACACUAAAGAUGACGGCCUACCCGAACCUCUUCCUCAGAGAGCCCUUAGCUUCAUGUCAUCCCAAGAAAUGAAAGGAAAACCAUUGGAACAUACCGCUCCACUCUUUUUAAAAAAUGUCAGAUGACGAGUGACCAAGUGAAAAGGGUGGAAACUGAAACUCGUGGCCAGAGUAACAAUGACUCUUGGCAUCAACAAAGAGUUGGGAGAGUGACUGCGUCAAAUUUUCACAAAUUUCACACCAAGGCUCAAACAAUCAUCAACAGAAAAAGUGACAAUGACAAAAAACCCAUUUACAGUUCAAUGGUGUCAAGCCUGUUGAAUAAAAGUGAUGAUGUCUCACAUAUGCCACAGAUAAAGUGGGGGAAUGCCCAUGAAAAGGAUGCCAUAAAAUCAUUCAUGUCAGAUGUGGCCUCUCAACAUGAUGGUGGCCUACAGGGCUUUAGACAGUGUGGAUUGUUCAUCAAACCCGAUUACCCCUUCCUUGCGGGUUCCCCGGACGGCCUGUUUUUUUGCCAUUGUUGUGGUCUGGCAACACUGGAAGCAAAAUGUCCCUACAGUGUGAGAAAUGAAAAUAUUCAUGAAAAAAAGACAUUUGACCGUGUGGAAUUUCUUGAAGAUUUUAAUGGAAAGCCCCGCUUGAAACGCUCGCACAAAUAUUACACCCAAAUGCAAGCUCAGAUGUGGGUUUGUGGUGCCAAUCAUGGCUUCUUUAUUGUUUGGACUCUGGGCGGCCAACCAUUGUAUGAACGAGUAGAACUUGACUUGGAAUUUUGUCUGAAAGUUGUGAACAAUAUCACUCUCUUUUACAAAUCUUUUGUGUUACCUUGCCUGUUAGGAUACAGGGACAUUUUUGAGUGCCCCAAGUGUGACAAGGUUAUUUUGGAGAGUGAUGAAAUAAGUGAUUCUGCAAACGAAAACAGUGUAUGCUGUGACCGCUGCAGCACUUGGUGGCAUUUGCCAUGUGCUGAACUCAGUGUGAAUUCUGCAGAUGCACUCGACUCUUGGAUUUGCCAGAGCUGCCUGGCUGAUGCAGCAAACAUACAUGAUGCUGGGGAUGAUGAACUUGAC